AAAGAAAAUCGAAACUUCAUGUUGUAUUGGAUUGGUGGGUGAGUUUGAGCCAUUGCAACGAAAACGGUUUUCUGCCUUGGGUCUUGUGUGAAGUGUGAUUGUAGAGUGCGUGAUAUUUAUUUCAAUUAAAAGUGAAAUUUUAAGUGUUUUUGUGUUCCGUGUUAUAAUGGCAACGGCGUUCCUGCCGUCGCCCGCGUGAAUAAGUGAGACUCUAGUGCAGUGAACCAACCGGGCCCGCCGCCUCAAGCGUCACCCGACCACGAUGAAAAUGGUGUUGUCACAACGGCAACGAGAGGAGCUGAAUAAAGCGAUCGCCGAUUAUUUAGGUAGCAAUGGCUACACGGACGCGCUGGAAGCGUUCAAGAAGGAGGCCGACAUGUCCGGCGAAAUGGAUCGCAAGUUCGGCGGCCUCCUCGAGAAAAAAUGGACCUCAGUCAUAAGGUUGCAGAAAAAAGUGAUGGAAUUAGAAUCGAAGCUGUCAGAAGCUCAGAAGGAAUUCAUCGAGGGUGCACCAACGCGCGCUAAGCGCACGCCCGCCGAGUGGAUCCCACGUCCACCGGAAAAAUUCUGUCUCACCGGACACCGGGCCACCAUUACCAAGGUAAUAUUUCACCCGGUGUUUAGUUUGAUGGUGUCCUCGAGUGAGGACGCGACCAUCAAAGUGUGGGACUUUGAGAGCGGCGAGUACGAACGAACCCUGAAGGGACACACCGAUUCCGUUCAGGAUAUCGCUUUCGACCAUCAUGGAAAAUUACUGGUGUCGUGCAGCGCGGACAUGUCAAUAAAGCUGUGGGACUUCAACCAAACGUUCGAGUGUGUGAAGACGAUGCACGGCCACGACCACAAUGUGUCGUCGGUCGCGUUCUCACCUAGCGGGGACAUCGUCUACUCCGCCAGUCGAGAUAAGACCAUCAAAGCUUGGGAAGUUGCCACGGGGUAUUGCAUCAAGACGUACAAAGGUCACCGCGAGUGGGUGCGCAUGGUGCGCGUGUCACCGGACGGCACGCUGCUGGCCUCCUGCUCCAACGACCAGACUGUGCGCAUCUGGAACGCAGACACCAACGAAUGCAAGAUGGAGCUACGUGAACACGAGCACGUAGUGGAGUGUGUAUCGUGGGCGCCAGAGGCCGCGGCCGCCGCCAUCAAUGAGGCGGCCGGCACUGACAACCGCCGCGCCAACCACGCCGGACCCUUCCUCGCCAGCGGCUCACGUGAUAAAUCCGUCAAGAUCUGGGACGUGAGCACGGGGCAGUGCCUGGCGACGCUGGUGGGUCACGACAACUGGGUGCGCGGCGCGGCCUGGCACCCGGGCGGCCGCUACCUGCUGACUGCCUCCGACGACAAGACGCUCCGUGUCUGGGACGUCGCGCACACGCGCUGUCUCAAGACGCUCUACGCGCACCAACACUUCGCCACCAGUCUCGAUUUCCACAGGAGCUUGCCAUACGUGAUAUCAGGCAGCGUUGAUCAGACCGUCAAAGUUUGGGAGUGUCGCUAAGAGCGUUGCCAUUUUAGUAACUUAAACUCACCGAUGAUAUCCUUAUCAUUUUUAUUUCGCGUUGUAGCUGCAAUGUAAGCUGCUGUCAUUAUGGUCAAUCAUUUGUAAAGUGGAGAACUCUUGUCUCUGCCUCCAGCUCAUUGUAGUUUUUUUUUCGUACACCUGACGAUGCUAUGUCUCCUUUAUCUAAAUUGGUGUCUAACUAUAGUCCCGAUUCUCUAUUCGUAUUCAACUUCUUCGGUUAGAUUCACACAUUCCAUUAAAGUAUAAUGGCGCAUAGUUUCUGUAUAUUUUUUUAGUUAAAUUGAUGUUUCCGAAUUUUUAAAAAUUUGGACCCUACUCUAGUUAGCAGUGACGUAGCAUUCGUCAUGUACCGCUCGCAAAGAUGGAGUGAGGAGCUGUGUGUGUUAUUAUAAACGUUCAAUUGUCCUGUUUUAUUUGAUAGUUAUUGUUUAUUCGUAAAAUGUUUAGAUAUAAAUUUUAUUUGUUAUUGAAUAAGUAAUUUGAUUUAUUACCCAGCCAAUCAGAUUUUGUACCUUGAUUUCUUUAUUAAUAAUGUUAGUUUUAUAAAAUUUGAUAUUGAUAGUUAUUCAUGACAACAACAAACAUUCAAUUAAUUAAUGAACACACUUUGAACUCAUCAUAAACGCUCCAUCAACUAUAGUAGUGUACAUAUAAGGCUUUUGAUGUUUGUCUCAGCUCGAUACGAUGUUCAUUAUGUUUGUUAGCACCGCCGCCAACAACAUUAAUGAAUAUCUAUGGGGACAACGAAACCGAAACGAAGUAAUGUAGCAACGUUUGUAGGAUUUAUAUCAAUCGGUUUCCUAGAGACUUAUUUUAAGUUUUGGCAAUUCAAAACUUUAACUAUAAGUUAGAAAAAGUUAUAUUUCAAAAUUUUAUUUAUUUAUAUUGUAACUUCUUAUUUUUGUCUCAAACAAUUUUGUUAAGUAUAAGCAUUGAAUUGCUAAAUGGGUAAUUGUAAUACAAUUCAUGUUUUACAUUUAUUAUUAAUAUCUGAUUUUAAAGUUAAGCCAAUUUCAUUUAUGUCAUCAUAAUUAUGUCUAAGUAAAUUAAUGUGUGAUAUAAACUUUAAUUAAUACUUUGAAUUACAGGCCUGUUUAAGGUAGCUAGAUUGAAAGAAAACUUAAUCGAAGCGUUUACACCUGACUACGGCGAAGCCAAAAGGAAAUGUUAUGAUUUUCGCAGUCUAUACAAAUGUAGUUCCACCAUUGUUUCAAUUUGGCACUACCAAUAGAGACAAGUGGGGUUGCUGCAAAUUUCUGUCAUUGAUGGGCAUGUCAUAGGGUGUACUAUCCGUGGUCGGGUUUUAGUUUUUUAAUUAAAAAUAUCCAUUAUUACUAUCAAUAGUUAUUUAUUGUAAUACGGAAUAAUUUUGUUGCCUGGUGUUGUAGAGGAUAGUUCGUAGUGUAGUUCGCGUAGGUACGCUCAUACUGUUAGAAACAGCUGUGUUAGUGCAUGACAUUAUGCAACAUGUACAUUGCUUACAUAGUGACGGCCGGUAACACCACGCUAAUAUAUAAUAUUUACGGAGUUAUCGCUUAUACGAUAUGUCAUUAUUGCUUUUGUAUUUCUAAUCGAGAUGUAUGUAUCGUGCGCCGCAGCUGUCGAAAUAGAUGCUAACUUGGUAUUCUUAUACGAGAAUUAUAUUUGCUUUGUCAGUGUGAAUUCGUAAAAUAUUAUGCUGAGACCAAGGAGAUUGUAAUACAGUAGUAUUGUGGCGUAUUCGUAGAGAGCGUUUUACCUUAUAUGCUUUAGGCACCUGUGCAUUCGACUACGUAUGAAUAAAACGUGGUCUUAGACCAUCGUUAGCUCAAACUUUUACUAAAUUGUUUGAUAAAUUGUUUACAUUUUGUAUGUCAAUACAUCACAAUACAUAAUUUCUAGUCAUUUUUAUUUGCAAUCAUUUCCAUUUGUAUGACAUAUUUCUUAAUAAUAGAUUGAUAGUGGAUUAUAUUUAUGACCCGAAAUAUAUGUAAUAGAUAUUUUAUAUUUUAAUCAUUAGUACUCUAUAAGAAAGCAUUUUUAUAUGAAAUGUCUUAACACCCAGCAACAGAAUCAGAGUACUUAAACUUUUUGCCAUUUUUAGCUGGAAUUGAUCACAAAAAAAUUUAAAAAAGGGCGCUCUCUACUAUUACGCGUGCUAUAUUAUCUUGGCAUAGAAAUAUAAUCUCUUUGAAAUAUGGCAGUCGCCUAGUAUCAAAUAAUCUGCUGAACAUAAGGUUCUUCAUUAAAUCAUUUGUAUUACAAUUUUAAAAUAAGUAUCUUGCACUUUUAAAAAUGUAAUUACCGUAAGAAUAAUAUCGUCAACGUAAGUUAUCUACUUGCAGAAUUCUCUUGUUACAUAAUUAAAAAAACAAAAAUAUGUUAGUUUACUGGUUACGACAGAAUAGCACUAAGAAUAUGUGACUGAAGUGUGUUAAAUAGGAGAAUUUUGCAGUUACUCAUAAUAACUGCUGUAACUUGUCAAAAUUAUUACCGAACUCCAAAUAGAUUUGGUUCGCGUUUCAUGUAAAUAAACAAGUAUUUAAUUUAUUUUA